UCCCCCUCCGUCUCACUUCCAUGCGGGUGAUCCCAAGCAAUCCCCUUCCUUUCCGAUAUCUUCUCGGAACCCUACUCCCAAACGCAAAAAAAAACCCGGGUAUCGAAAUCCCCACGCAACGAGACGCACGCGCCCCGCACGCCGCCCCACAACUCGCAAUCCGCCAUGACCUCGCUCCAGUCCUUCCUCGCCAUCAAGCCGGCCGCCGCCGGCUGGGCCGCGGGCGCGCGGCCCGCCGCCGCUCCGCAGUCCCGCCGCGCGCGCGUCUCGGCUUGCCUCGCGGCGCCGCCGCCGCCGCCGACCACCGCGGCCUCUGCCGUGGGGCCGGCGCGGCGGGAGCUGUCGGCCGCGAGCCGCGCCGUCAUGGACGACGAGGCGCGGUACCUCGUCGGCACAUACAAGCGGUCCCGCGUCGUCUUCGAGUACGGGCGCGGGUGCAAGCUCUACGACGUCGACGGCCGCGAGUACCUCGACAUGUCCGCUGGCAUCGCCGUCACGGCGCUCGGCCACGCGGAUCCCGACGUGUGCGCUACCAUCGCGGAGCAGAGCGGUAAAAUCGUCCACGUCAGCAACGUCUUCUACACUACACCCCAGGUGGAGCUCGCGAAGCGGCUCGUGGAGGUGUCGUUCGCGGACCGCGCUUUCUUCGCUAGCACUGGCACGGAGGCCAACGAGGCGGCCAUCAAAUUCUCCCGCAAGUUCCAGCGGGUCGCCCACCCGGACAGUGACGAUCCGCCCAUGGAGUUCUUGGCGUUCAGCAGCAGCUUCCAUGGCCGAACCAUGGGCGCGGUCGCGCUCACCAGCAAGUCGCAGUACCGGGAGCCCUUCGCGCCCGUCAUGCCCGGAGUGACCUUCGUGGAUUACGGCGAUUUGGAGGCGGCCAAGAAGUUCAUACAGUCCGGUAGGGUCGCUGCUGUGUUCGUCGAGCCCGUGCAGGGUGAGGGUGGUAUUCACAGCGCCACACAGGAGUUCUUGCAGGGGCUGCGGGAGGCCUGUGAUGAGGCGGGAGCCCUCUUGGUCUUUGAUGAGGUGCAAUGUGGUUUCGGGCGCACAGGUUACCUUUGGGCCCAUGAGGCGUAUGGAGUAGAACCAGACAUCAUGACCUUAGCAAAGCCAUUGGCCAACGGUAUUCCGAUAGGUGUUGUCUUGGUCAAGGAGAAGGUUGCUGCAGCCAUAAACUAUGGCGACCAUGGUACAACGUUCGGCGGCGGCCCUCUUGCCUGCCAGACUGCGAUAACCGUGUUUGACAAAAUCAUGAAACCUGGGUUCUUGGCUGAGGUGUCCAAGAAAGGGGAAAACUUCAAGCAGCUCCUCCGCACUAAGCUGAGUGGAAACCCACACGUAAAGGAGGUCCGUGGGGUUGGUCUUCUUGUUGGCAUUGAGCUAGAUGUACCAGCUGGUCCUCUGGUCGACGCAUGCUUGGACGCUGGCGUCAUAGUGCUGACGGCCGGCAAAGGCAAUGUUGUGAGGCUGGUGCCACCACUCAUCAUCUCAGAAAAGGAGCUGGAGCAUGCCGCGGAUGUUAUAAGGGAUUGUCUACCGGUGCUUGAUGUUGCUGCUGCUUAAUGUUCGCACUGGUCUUUUAUCAGUUAUUGCUAGGGUGAUCCAACCUUUUGGGAGAUUCAGGUAAUAUAUAUGGUGGUAUAUGUCCGUGUAUGAAAACAUGUUCCAAAAUUUGGAAUCGAAUAAUUUCAUGUCGGACCAAUAUUAGAGUAAGCUGUUUACAGCAUGUUGCUGUUAUGGGAGUAAGAGAAUUAUUCCACAUGUUGCAUGUUGCUCUUUUGGGAGUAACAGAACAUCUUUGCUACUGAUUACUUGUCUUAGCUCAACUCCUUGCUAGAGGCAAAAACCUUGUAAUACAAGGGUAGUCUCAAUGUUGUAGUGUCUUAUAUAGCAAAUAAAGAGUAGAGGGUAGUCUCAAUGCUGUGUCUUACCUACCAAAUGAAGAGUAGAGAUAGAGAACUGGUUUCUUCAUGAGGAAA